AUGAGACUACCUUCGCUGGCGGUUGUCUGGGCUUCCUCAGCCGCUCUGGCAUUAAGCAACAAUGCCAAUGAUGCGGCCAACGCCUUCCUGGCGUCCCUUUCUGUCAGCACCGUCUCUAAAACUGUUGCUGGCAGUCCCACAGACCUGGCAACUGCGCGAGAGGCCAUCCUUGCCGGGAACUACACCUCGCGGCUGCAUCACCAGGGCAGAGAUGGCUGCCCCGGGGGGUGUAGUAGUGCAGGUAUUGACACCAGCGCCUGGUUCGUAUACGGCAGCCUCGACCGUCUUGACAGGGCGUGCAAAAGGCCCAUGCUCCUGGACUUUGCGCUGGUCAACCCCAUCAACGACCGGAAGUCGCAUGUCGCCAUUUCUGCGUGUACCGCGGACUAUGCAGAUCUCUCGGAUCCUGCGCCUGCUUCUAAUUCUGCUGCCGCCUGCGCUUUGAAGGGAGUGGCGCAGACCAAGACGACAUCGUCUUUGCAGCUGGCAUCUUCGGGUGCUUCGUCUUCGACGCACGUGACUGAUGUCGCCGCUGCUCUGGAGCAACUGCGGGCAUUUGCAACACUGUCUGAUGCCGGCUGCAACGAGACCAUCAAGUACGCCUACUCCCGUGACGUGGCUGUGGGUGUGUAUGCUGGUUCAGGACUUGCUGGCCAGGGGGUGCUCAGCGCGGUUCUCCAGAAGCUCAGCGCUCAAGUCAAAGACGACGGCAGCGUUGCCGAGAGCCUGUCAGUCGAAAUGUGCAGCAAUUCCACGGCCCGGUACUCAUUGAGUGUCCUGGUCAAUACCAAGGGCGACCUGGGUGCUGUCCAGCGGGGACUGCAGGUGUCCAAGAACGGCAGCUGUGUGUCUACGGAGACCAGGCCGGCUGCCUCUGACUGGCAGACAGUGACCUAUCUUGUUCCUUCUGCGACCAACAUCACCCGCACCAGUAACUCGACCAAGCUCGCUUCAACUCGUGCCACCGAGUGCCGCACCAUUCAGGUAGACUCCGGAGACUCGUGUGCCUCACUGGCGACCGAAUGCGGCAUCACGCCGGCACAGUUCACAGAAUACAAUCCCGACUCCAGUUUAUGCUCGAGCUUGACCCCAGGCAAGCAUGUCUGCUGUAGCGCCGGUACUCUUCCAGACUUCACGCCAAAGCCCGGCGCGGACGGCUACUGCUACUCGUAUCUCGUGAAGACGGGCGACUCCUGCGCAUCACUUGCGGCGGCCUACGACCUCACCAAUGAGAAGAUCGAGUCGUUCAACAAAGAGACCUGGGGCUGGAAUGGAUGUGAAAAGCUGUUUGCUGACUACAACAUCUGUCUCAGCACUGGCUACCCGCCCAUGCCGGCCACCAUUCCGAAUGCUGUCUGUGGACCGCAGGUCAAUGACACGGCAAAAGCACCCCCGGGGACGGACCUGAGCACCCUGAACCAGUGCCCAUUGAAUGCGUGCUGCAAUAUCUGGGGCCAGUGCGGAACGACGGGAGACUUCUGCACGCCUUCCAACUCGUCCACGGGGGCUCCAGGAACGGCUGCCCCUGGCGAGAACGGGUGCAUCUCCAACUGCGGGAUGGACAUCAUCACGUCCAGCGCGCCCGCGGAAACGUACAGCAUUGCUUAUUUCGAAGCCUUCAACUGGAAACGCGCCUGCCUGCGCAUGUCCGUCAAUAGCAUUGACACUUCAGCCUAUACACACAUCCACUACUCCUUCAUUACGCUGAACGAGGACUUCUCCAUCAACACCGAUGAAGUUGCUGACCAGCUGCCACUCUUCAAGGGUAUGGCCGGCAUCAAGAAAAUUGUGUCUGUUGGCGGGUGGGCGUUCUCUACAGAGCCCGCCACAUACCAGAUCUUUCGCAAUGCUGUGGCCACCCAGGCAAAUCGCAAGACGCUGGUCACGAACAUCAUCAAGUUCCUAGACGACUACAAUCUCGACGGCGUCGACUGGGACUGGGAGUACCCUGCCGAGCCCGACAUCCCUGGCAUCCCAGCGGGCACCGAGGCUGAGACUACCGGUUUCUUCCUGCUGCUGAACGAGCUCAAGCAGGAGAUGCCAUCUGGCAAGACAGUCUCCGUCACCGCACCCGCCUCGUUCUGGUACCUCCAGUACUUCCCUAUCGAAGCUCUGAGCCUCGUCGUCGACUACGUGGUGUACAUGACCUACGAUCUGCACGGGCAGUGGGACUACAUAAACAAGUACGCAACUCCAGGAUGUCCGUCCUACGACCAGGGAUUGGGCAACUGUCUGCGGUCCCACGUCAACCUCACCGAGACUAUCAAUUCGCUGUCCAUGAUCACAAAGGCGGGUGUGCCGUCCAACAUGAUCGUCGUCGGUGUCAGCAGCUACGGCCGCUCAUUCAAGAUGACCACCCCGGGCUGCUGGACCGAGCAAUGCACCUACACGGGCCCCGACUCAGGGGCGUACCCGGGCCGCUGCACCAACACCUCUGGCUACAUCUCCGACUACGAGAUCCGUGAGAUUAUCCGCCAGAACCCCACAGUCCAGGAGCACUGGGAUGCGGACUCGUACUCCAACAUUGUCGUCUUCAACGACACGGAGUGGGUUGCGUACAUGGACGACGACAACAAGGCAACGCGCAAAGCCCUCUACCCAGGGCUCUCUUUCCUUGGAACUGCAGACUGGGCAGUGGACUUGCAGUCUGAGAAUGGCGGCGGAAGUGGAAGUGGCUCAGACAACAGUUCAUCCGGCGGGACCAUCUAUAUCAAUCCUGAUAUCUGGAACUCCGCAGCGCCUGUGGUGACUGCUCCCCCCGGUGCAUCGCUCAUUUGGCCCCCCAUGCCUCUAUCAACUCCCACAACCAUCACUUUCCCUCCGUGGACGACGACCAUCUCGUACUCCAGUCUUACAACGCGCACGAGCACUCUUUCCGACGGCACAACCUCGACGUAUCCGGCGUAUGUCUAUGAGUCAUGGCUGACUGUGAUCACGAUUCCUCCCUUGACGACCACGGCCAUCAAUGUCUGGGGCGUUUCCCUUCCUAGCAGCUCCAGCUCCAGCUCGACAGGUGGCCCCGUUCCUAUCAUCUUGAGAAGCUCGGUGCAGCCACCCCCAUUUACCAUUACCGUUACCCCCGUGCUGAGCGGCACCACCUCUAUCAUCGGGGCCACCGAGACCACGACAAUUUCCUUGGACCCCGUCAUCUGGGGCUCCUCGACCUACUCCCCUCCGGUUGAAACGAGGACUCUGGGUGGAAGCACCACCGUCAUCGGCGGGCAGACCUUGCCCCCGACACCCAUCACUAUCACGCCCAACCCGCACCCCACGACCACGCCGGAACCCGGGACCACGGACCCUGCGCUCAAUUCCAAGAAACCCUCCUGGACACCUGGCAAGCCACCGACCCCUACGGCCGAACCGGGCUGUCCUGGGUGCGGCACUGGUUGUCUCCUGUUCUGCAAUCCUGACUGCCCCUUCUGUCCCCCGGGUGCAUUUGGCCCUCCUGGCGGUGGCGGAGGGGACAACAAUAACAAUGAUGACGACGACGAUGACGACGAGGACCCCGAUAACAAGGGCGCUCAAUACACGAUUGUGUUUGACUCUAUGGCCGACGACCCCUUCGCGACAGCCUUUGUCGCCGCGGCGGACCUCUCUUCCCUCGAUGCUGAAGUCAUGUCUCGCGUCAGCUCCGCGUGGGGCCUCAGCACCACCACCACGACAACGACGACUACGAAGCCGACGACUACAACGACGGAAAAGCCCACUCCCACACCGACUGCGGACUGCAUGUUCUGGGACAGCGUCUUCUACUACACGUUCGAGAUCUACAAUAUCGACGGCUGGGUGUCAGACGGCGGCGACUCGCUGCACGACGAGGAGGGCGGGUGCGGCGCUAUGACGGGCUGGGAGUGGCACGAGGAGAGCUCGGACCACUAUGCGUAUGUGUACUUCAACUUGCCUUUCUUCAUGAAGGCUGGCUGCGUGGAGCGCGCGAUCGUUUCGGCUGGCGGACCGAAGAUUUCGUGCCAAGGGGGAGGGGUUGGCCCGACGAAGCGAGACGUCGACGUUGACGUUGACUUUGACAUCGAGGCCGAGGAGGAGGAGGAGGACGAGGACGAGGACGAGGACGGUUGGACGAGACUAGAUGCGCGAGGCACCGGGAAGACUCUGGACACGCCGGCCUUCCCGUCGUGGACAGACGAGCAGCUGCAAGAGUUCCAGAGUUUCUAUGAGGCUAUCAACAUGCAGUCUGAGACGGCGGAUAAGACCUAUGUGCCGAUGACCUGGGGGGCGACAAGUACAAGUCCGAUGACAACUUCUGCUUAG